AAACAUAAGACAGGCGGCUCCAGACAGACAGCCUGCCCGAACAAACAGAACUGGACCAGUACCUAAACCCUGGCCCUGCCCAGCUCCAGGCUCCAUAUAGUGAGAACUCAGCCUUCAGCACCAGGAGCGGACAGCUCCAGGCGGAGAGGGGGAGGGGGGCACACUGUGUAUUUGGGGAUUGGAUGCCCAGUCCAUUGCUGAGUGGUACACUCUCUGAGCUCUGAUGCUAUAGACGUGCCAGCCAGGAGCAGGGCAUAUAACAGGCUAGGAUGGGCGGCAAGCUCAGCAGGCAGAGCAGCCUGGAGGAUGAGCCCGAGGACGGGCUGGAGGUAGCCGGGUCACGGGGGGACUUUGCCUUCCCAUCGCUGAUGCUGAACUCUGAGCGUAUCCACGGGGUGCUCCGUAGGAACAAGCCGGCUCCCUACGUUCGACGGUCAGACUGGAUCAGGGACAUCCAGGCUCUGCUCCGGGACCACAAGCAGGAGCGGGCCAUGCAGGUGUUAAGAAUGCUCCGCAAGGUGAGGGAGCCUAUAGGAUCACAUAGCCCUGAUACAGUAACCAUCACCCCUUCCUAUACAUCACUCUCCACCAUAACCACAUCGAACGGGGCAUCCCCUAAUACUGACACACUGGGUGCCAUCAGGGUGCCAAGAUCUCUUCAUCAUACAUGUAGCUAUAAGUCAAUAUUAUCAAUUAAUACAUGUACAGCGCAGUGACCAGGGGUGGCAUUGCUAGCGCUAGUGUGCUCUGUGCUGUACAGUACUUGGUGUGCUGCUGGGUGUGGUGACCUCCCCUUUGCUGUAUCUACAGGACCUGGGCCUGGAGGGGACAUUCCUCAAUGACAUCCUGUACAGACAUGUCACCUUCCUGAACCUUGUGGACCCCAUCUCCCACGAAUUGCUCCUGAGCCUGUCCAGGGAGCUCCAAUGCCCCCGCAAGGUGAGUGUGCUAAUGAAGUAUAUUAUAGUAUACACACAGUCCUCCCCCUUACUAUACUGUAACCACAGAUACUCUUACUCUUGGUGCUUUGUCUGCAAGCCAUAAUAAAAAAAACCAUGCACAUAUGCCAGAUACAUACACACAUAUUUACAUGUAUACUGAGGAGUGUGUGUGUGAAAGGCAUUUCUGCCAUAGCCAGGAUGGGCUCAUUUCUCCCCCACCUCUCCAUACAGGAGAAAAUGUUCCAGAAAGUCUGAGACUGGCCAUGAAUGCCAAUAUUCAGGACAUUACUCAGUCAGUGAGGGAGGAGACUGAAAGAGAUAGACAGACAGACAGACAAAGAGGAGGAGAGCAAAUCAUGAGGAAGGGAUGCAGACAACAAUACAGAAUGACAAGGGGGAGAGAGCAGCCAGGAGGGGCUGAGCAGCAUGGAGAGAUAUCUACAUAGAAAUUAGGGGAGGGGGGGGGAGGGGGGGGGACGGGGGACAGAGCUACUGGCAACAAGCAGGCUAUCUAGUUAAUUAUUUAAUUCUCUAUGAAGAGCUAACAUAUUCCACAGCAUUGUACAAUGAGCAUAGUCAUUCUACAAACAAGGGGUGAGCAAGCCCCUUUAUUUUUAAAUAAAAAGACAUAGAGGUUGAUACAUACACGUUGAUUACGCUGCAGAAGGGACUAUUUACACAUACAUUUGUACAGUUGAAUUGCUUUUGAAGUCACGCACCAGCAUGCAGGGAUUUUGGGAUUUAAUCACUAUAAUAGUGAAUUGUGAAAUGAAUUAAAAUCUAAAUACCAAAAUAUAGGCAAACAAAUCUAAGAUAAAUACAUUUCCCAACUCAACACCUCAAUUUUGCCAUUCUAAUUUUAAUUAUUAAAUUUAGAAUUUAGUUUAAAAAAAAAAAAAAGAAAUCUCUAUCAACUAAAAUGUAAAUUGUUAUAAAAUUCUAUAUUUUAGAGUAAAAUAGCCAAACAGAAAACACAACUGACUUGGAAAUGUAUUUAUUUUUAUUUCCUCUGCUUUGGCCUGUAAUGUGAAAUUCACUUUGAAUGCCCAAUAAUUCAUAGUUUUGUAAAUAUCCCUGUCAGUGAAUUUAAAAAAUAUCAGGCAUUUAAGAAUAAGGAAUUAAAAAAGAGAGAAAUGGAGAACUAAAUAAGCAAAAUGGAUGAAGGCAUUGCAGUAAGACCUCUAGUUCAAGUUGCUCUUUUUUGUGAAUACUUCAUGUUCCUAAUCUGUUGGAAUGAGUGGAAUGGGCCAAAACUAAAAGAAUUUAACAAAAAAUAAAAUGUGAUACAUGGUAUCCACAAAUAUGAAUACCAGAAUAGGGUUAGGAGUAGGACAUGGGUUGGUAAUGAAUUUAACUAGAGACAACAGCAUAAUUUUUUUAAAUUAAAGUUUUACUUGCCUUUUUCCAGCACUGAGGCUCUCUCAUUGCUGCAUAUCUCUUCACCUCCUGUGGUGUCAUGGACGAGGCAUUGCCACCUCCGCGGUGCAUGGUUCAAUCCAAAGCUCCUCAUAGAGAAGCACGAAGUACCUGAUGCGCAUGCACAGUGAGUGAUGUGUGCACAACCAGGUUUCCCUAUAGGACCACUGAGUCAUUGCUUUACUACGGAGGCUUCCUCGUCAUGUGCCCGAAUUUUACUCAGUCAGUACGGCGGAAGCACCUCUAGUGACACUGUAAACAUUGCAGGUUCUUUUUUUUCUUUUUUUUAUGUUAAAAGGACAGGACCACUAUACCAAAGUCACUUCAUGGAGUGGCCCGGGUGACUUUAGUUGUUCUUUAAAGGGUUACUCCAGGUACCAUGAAUACUAAAGUGAUUUGAAGUGAUCAUGGUGCCUGGAGUCUGUACAGGUAGUGUUACACUAGGAAACUUAGUACAUUUGGAGUUUAACCCUUUUGCUGCCAGAACCAGGGCCGGAUUAAGAGCACACAGGGCCUGGUGCUGACAAAUAUGAUGGGCCUAAUUACGGAAUCUUAUCAACCAAAAACACUAAACCAGUCAUACCUCCCAAGCGUCAUGUAUCUGAUGGAGAUGGUGCUGGAGGGAAACUCAAAGGAUGCAGCUAUAAGAAAACACAUACUCUAUGCUAAUCUCUCUCUAAUUUAUGCUUUCAUCUUUCAAGUAAAUCCAUAACCCUAACAGCAGUGUCCAGCGAGGCAGGAAGUCAAUGGGCGGGGUAAAAGAGUGUGCCACUGACGCGAAUCACGUGACCAGACUUGCCAAAAGGGGAGAACAUGCCAAAAAAGGGGGAAUGUCUGUCCAAAGAAUUUGAAGGACAACCUGGCAUGAAUGCAUGUCAGGCUGCCCGCCAAUCCUGCAGGCUGUCCAACUAAGGGCAUACUAUGCAGGCAGCACCAUGAGCUUGACAUAAAUGCAUCUAAUGAUGCACUCACUCCGUGCUUUCUAAGGACUGUCCCCUAUCACUCGCUGGUCCACUUGUCACCUUGCCUUCUUACUAGCAGACAGAAGCUCCUGGUAUAUAGUCUGAGACAGAGAAAAGGUGUAUGUAGUGAGUGUAGAAGAAAGGGGACAUGCCACAGUUUUAGAGAGAUCAGCGUCUGCAUUACCUAAACUAAUUUUAUUGUCAGCUAGUCCAUACAAGUUUUGUUCCCAUACAUCCCUCUUAAGAUUCCAAACUUAAAGGGACACUAUAGUCACCAGAACAGCUACAGCUUAUUGUAUUUGUUCUGAUAAGUAGAAUCAUUCCAUUUAGGCCUUUUGCAGUAAACACUGUCUUUUCAGAGAAAAUAACUCCACUGGCCACUCCUUAGAUGGCUGCUAGAGGUGCUUCCUGGGGCAGUACUGCCUAGUGUGCAGCACUGCCAUUCAGUGUCUCCACCCUCUGCAUGCAGACACUGAACUUUCCUCAUAGAGAUGCAUUGAUUCAAUUUAUCUUUAUGAGGAGAUGCUGAUUGGCCAGGGCUAUGUUGGACUUGUGGUGGCUCUGCCCCUGAUCUUCCUGAAAAAGCCAAUCCUACGGGGAAGUUUUGUAAUUUGCUCAGACCACCACUUCUGAUGAUGUCAGCAGACAGUCAAUUCCGAGGCAGAGCCAGCAGCUGCAGACUUGAAUACAAGUUAUAUUUUACUAUACUUAGGGAGGCAAGAAGGGGCCAGGGUGGUGGUUUUAGCAUAAUAGGGUCAGAAAUACAUGAUUGUGUUCCUGACCCUAUAGUGCUCCUUUAAGCAAGAGUAUGUGAAGAGUAGUUAGGGUUGCCACCUUUCUUGGAAAAAAUACCAGCCUUAAUCAUUUGUAUAAUCACAAAGAGUGACAUCAGAGAAAAUUCUGUAAAAUCACCAACAAACUUUUGAUUCUACUGUAUAGAUUCUGCUGUAUAGAUGGAUUGCUCCCAGUGUCUCAGUCUCGCAAGUCACCCAGUGUCUCAGUGUCCCUAUGUAUCACAGUGUCAGUGUCCCCAUGUCGCCCAGUCCCCUAGUCUCCCAGUGUCUCAGUGUCCUCAUUUCUCCCAGUGUCCCAAUGUCUCAGUGUGUCCCCAUGUCACUAGGAUACUGGGGACACAGUGAGACAUGGGGACACAGUGAGACAUGGGGACACUGAGAGGGGAUAUGGGGACACAGAGACAUGGGGACACUGGGAGACAUGGGGACACUGAUACAUUUAGGGAAACUGGGAGAAAUGGGGACACUGAGACACUAGGAGACAUGGGGACACUGAAACAUUUGGGGACACUAAGACACUAGGGACACAAAGACAUGGGAACACAGACACUGGAGACUAGGGGACAGGGGGAUACUGGCUGGGAGACAGACACUUGGGAACACUGGGAGACAUGGGGACAGUUGUGGACAUAGACAUGGGGACACUGGGACAUAUAGGGACACUGGGAGACCUGGGGACACUAGGCACACUGAGACACUAGGAACACAGACACUGGGAUACAUGGGGACACUGAAACACUAGGGACACAGAGACAUGGGGACACUGGGAGACUAUGGGACACAGACACUGGGAGACUUGGGGACAGUUGUGGACAUAGACAUGGGGACACUGGGACAUAUAGGGACUUUAGGCCCACUGAGAAACAUGGGACACAGACACUGGGAGACUUAGGGACACUGAGACACUAUCGACACUGGAUGGGGGACAUGGGGAAACUGGGAGAAAUGGGGACAUAUUGUCUCCGUGUCCCAAUGUCUCAGUGUCUCCCAAUGUCACUAUGUCUCACAGCAUCCCCAUGUGUCUCAGCAUCCCCAUGUGUCUCAGCGUCCCCAUGUGUCCCAGUGUCCCCUAGUGUCUCAGUGUCCCCAUGUUUUCCAGUGUCCCCAAGUGUCUCAGUGUUUCCAGGUCUCCCAGUCUCUGUGUCCCCAUGUGUCCUAGUGUCUCAGUGUCCCCUAGUGUCUGUGUCCCCAUGUGUCCCCUAGUGUCUCAGUGUCCCCAUAUGUCCCCUAGUGUCUCAGUGUCCCCUAGUGUCUCAGUGUCCACAUGUGUCCCCUAGUGUCUCAGUGUCCCCAUGUCUCCCUGCUGCCUUUCCCCCCAUCCCGCCUUUCCCCCCAUCCCUCACCUAAGCUGUAGAGUUGCUGUAUGGACUCUGUGCUGUGUUGCUGCUCCCCCACGGAUCAGUAAGUAGUAGAGAGAGGCAGAGAUAUGCUGUAACUUCCUAUCCCUGCCUCUUUCCACACACAGUGACCCCUACUGGCCGGUGCUGGUAUUGCAGAGUAAUCUCCAUUUAUUCUGAGAAAAAUACAUGCAUUUGUAUUGCCGGUAUUACUGCGAUACCGACACGGCCAGGCAGCCUCAAAUACCGGCUGUGACAGUAAAAUACCAGUCAGGUGGCAAACCUAAGAGUAGUGUGUAAAAAAAAAAAAAAAAAAUAUUUUUUUUUUUUUUUUUUUUCAAUGGGCCUAUUCCAUGGGCCUGGGCCUGGAGCUGCAGCUCCAUCAGCCCCUAUGUUAAUCCGGCCCUGGCCAGAACCAUAAGUCCAGCCCUGCAGAAGCUGGAUUUCAUAAUUCUGCUGAUCAGGAUGGCAAACCGUCGUACCAGCAUACUAUUAAGCAAGCUGUAGUGGUUAUGAUAGUUGGCGUAACCCUUUAAGAACAAUACUGUAGGGAUAGGAAGGGAAACACAGUUAAAGGGACUCUCCAGGCAGAGGAUUUUACUCACCUGGUUCCAGCGCCGGGAGCCUCGUGAAGCCGCGCCCCCUAUUUCAUAAAAAUGACGAAAUAGGCGGGCGCGAGCAGGGAGCAAUCAGAUGCUUCCAUUCAUGCCGCCCUCUGAAGUCCUAAGCGCACUACCGCGCAGCCGCGUGGUGUGCGCGGCCGCUAGCUGAGCUGACUGACAGCUCAGCUCGUGGUCUUUGCCCGCCCCCUCUCCUCUGCUGACAGGCAGAAGAGAGAAGGUGCGCACAUAGUGCCUUCUCUCUCCUGCACAUGUCAGAUGUAUUUUAAUACGUCUGACGUGUACAAGGCCUUUUUAGGGCCCUGCAUGAUAGGAAGUCCCUCUGGUGGCCGUCUGAGUGACGGCCACUGGAGGUAUUCCUAUCAAUCAAUGUAAACACUGUAUUUUCUCUGAAAAUACAGUGUUUAUAUUAGAUUGCCUGCAGGGAGCUAUAGAUCAUACCUGAACAAAUACAUUAAGCUGUAGUUGUUCAGGUGACUAUAGUGUCCCUUUAAAUGCUGUGUGAGGGCAUCACAACUGGACAAAAAUGGUGAUGAGAACUGAUAGUUGUUGAUAGUUGUAUAUAUUUUAAGAUGGGUUUAGGUCAAAUGAGGCCAGAAUAAUUUGAAGGCUGUUUCUCUGUUUUGCUGCAGAAAGUUAUAACAUGAUGAUCAUAAGAGUUAGAAUCAGUUUAUAGGUUUCUAAAACAUCAAGAUAUUAGUCAAUCCACAGGAGAAUGGUAGGGAGCUCGGCUCGCUGUCUGAAUCAAAAGUAAGAUAAUGAGCAGUGUAAAGGGAGCAGAACUAAUUGGAACAUCUCUCUGGAUAUUCAGGUCUGCUAAAAUGAAACUCUGAAAAAUAUAAAUGAGGAAACCACAAUGGUACAUGGUGAUGCAACAGAUGGGAUGUAUCCAGUGAACAAUAGAUGACUGCAAUUAGAGGAGUUUAAAAAGCAUAAACUUUAGAAGGAUAAGCACAGAAAAGAACAUGUACAGAAUGUUGCAAAAAGUGAUUGUUAAUGUCAACAUCUAGAGAUAUGACUUUAAAGCAAGAACGUAAAACUCGCGGCCCACAUAGACCAUCUUUGCGGCCUGGCGAGCCACGAGUACAUGCUGGUGUUAUAGCAGAGUAGGCAAUGUCCCCAGAUUGCAGGUGUCUACUAUGCUAAAACUUACUCAGCCGGGGAGUAGGGCCAGCGAGGGAGCUCAGUGUUCCUGCUCCUCAUUGCUCCCUCACCCGCGUCGUCUGUAAUAAAGCCGGGCGCCGGAAUAUGACAUCAUAUUCCGGCACUCAGCAUCACUAAACUCUGCAAGGGAGCAGAUAGAAGGACUGCAGGGAGAGGCCCCAUAUUGGCUCCAAAAGGUAGGGAGCAAUAAAGUAAAGUAUGUGUGCAAGAAUGUGUAAGUGUGUGUGUGGGUCCGUGUCAGCGUGUGUGUGUCUGUCCGUCAGUGAGUAUGUGUAUGUGUCUGUCUGUCAGUAAGUAUGUGUUUGUCUGUCAGUGUGUCUGUAUGUGUGUGUAUGUCUGUCAGUGAGUGUAUGUGUGUGUGUCUGUGAGUCUGUGUGUGUGUCUGUCAGUGUGUGUCUGUCUGUCAGUGUGUAUGUGUGUGUCUGUCUGUUAGUAAGUAUGUGUGUGUCUGUCAGUGUGUGUGUGUGGUCCUUGUGGGCCGCAAGUUUGUCAUGCUUGCUUUAAAGGGACAGCACCAAAAUAAGUUUAGUUUAUUGAAGCAGUUUGGGUGUAUAGAUAAUGCCUCUGCAGUCUCACUGCUCAAUUAUCUACCAUUAAGGAGUUAAAUAAGGUUGGUUUCUGUUUAUGCAGCCCUAGCCACACCUGCCUCCUACUCAACUCUUAAUAUUGCUUUUUUCUGGAUUGCAGAAUGGCUAAAUCAGUUAGGCAGAUUAGAUUUAGGAGGUUUAUUCACUAAACAACAAAUUGCAAAAUUAAUGCUAAAAAGCUGUGAUUAUAGGUGAUAAGAAGUUUAUCCACAUUAAAAAAAUUUGCCUAAAUUUUGCACUUCAGUUCUUAGUGAAUACACAUCAGAGAGUGCACAGGGCCUGAUUAAAUCUAUAAUGAGAGCUAUUUUGUGAAAGGAAUUUAGAGAUAGAUAUACAAAAUGCAAUGAGAACAGAUAGACAGAAAAUAGAAUAUGUUUAACCCCUUAAGGACCAAACUUCUGGAAUAAAAGGGAAUCAUGACAUGUCACACAUUUCAUGUGUCCUUAAGGGGUUAAUAGGCACAAAUACAUACAUUCUCAAAUUCAGCUAUAGUCACAACUUUAAUAUAUUCUCUUGAAGUGUGAUCUUCAAUCAAAAUCUAUAGAAACUGACUCAGAAACACAAUUGAUAGUCUUCAAAUAUGCUUCUUUCUUUUACUAUCAAUGGUUCACUUCCCUACCUCCUGUACUCACUCAAUCCCCCCCUCACUGCCUCCAUUUAUUCUUAGCAAUAAUUUUUUUUUUAAUAUUGUAAAAGCCCUCCCUCCACUCCUUGGCUCUGAGGGCAUGCUCAGGGAAAAAUCUCCAAUCAAAUGCUUCUCAUAGAGAAGCUUUUGAUUGGGCCGCAGAUGAUGACAUCAGAUGGGGAGUUGAAAUGAAGGAGUAGGGCCUCACCAGGAACUGGACUCCAGGUAAGUUUUUUUUUUAUCUAUUCCACAACUCCAUAUGUUUCUUAAUUAAAUAAAGGUGUUGGAGAGGUUCAGUAGUGCCCAAUACUGCAUAAUAAAGAGAAAAAUUGAUUGAUAAGAAACAGGUUAUAAUAAUCAGCCUGCUGCCACUAAAACUGCAAACCUUAAACCAUUAACAUGUCUAUGGACAAUUUUCCUACAGACGCUUAUUGGCACAGCCAGCUUGGAAAAUUUCUUGUACCCAGGUGAAUGCACAACAACAACAACAACAACAUAAAACAGGACAGACAAAAUCCAGCAGCCUCAGAAAUCCUGGCCAGUUGACAGAAAAAUCCAAAAUCUUCUUAACUAAACACAAAUAACACUAAUUACUAUCAUAAGUAGAACAUGCGGUCUAGAUCUGAAUUUGUGAAGAACAACAAACAUGAUAGUACCAAAAGUAAUGUCUAAUUAAUAAGCAGUUAUGAUAAACACAUAUAAGAAUAAUCACAAGCCAUUAAACCUUUGGCUACAAAAUGAAUUGUUUUACCAUUUUACCCCAAUCAUGACAGGGAGUUUGACUAAUCUCUUUUUAUCAGUGGUAUUUAACCCUUUUACCAGGAACUCUAACUGGGUUGAUAACUAAACUCUGAAUUUUCAAUAAUUAAUUCAGAAUGAUAUAAUUAAGGUAAGAAUAGCUGAUCUGGAAAAACUCUCCAACUCAGCAAUAGUCAUAACUUGACUAUUGUUGCCUCAAUUUUGCCAUUCAGAAUUUACGAAAAAAUCUGAGUUUAGUAAAUAACCAUUUUCGGAUGUGUAUGGAUUAAACGUGGUGACCCACUCUUUAAAAUUGUGCAGUUACCAACUGUCCACGUUCUGUACUAUUGACCAUAAAAUACCUUUUGCAGGAAACCAUAAUUUGACUGUUCCCAUUAACCAAAGGGAUCUCCACUACAGUGGGAGAAGAGCUACUGUUAUAGUAAACAACUUAUAGAGGCCAGUUGCCUGACUAUGCAGCACUAUGCAAGCCUGUUCAUGUAAGAUUUACACCUAAUGUUCACAGGUGUCAUUUGGAGAGAUUACAACAUUGGAUAGACAGUUAUGCAAUUAGUUAGCUCUUUGUGCAUGGUCCUUGUGCCCUCAGCACAACAUGAACACGUCUGAUGAUGUGCUCACACUGUGCUAUCUGGGGACUGUUUCCAGGUGUCUCUAUAUUCAGGAUAACAGGGAACUAACCCAGGAUGGCUUGACCGGAGUGUAAAACCUGGGUUGUCCAGAUCCAGAACAAUUGGCUUUACAAACAAGUAACAAUAAGACUUUUUUUCCUCCAAGCUAGUAAAUGUCAAUGAUGUUUUGUUCGUUAUACAGUACAGUAUAUAAAUACCCAGACUUGGUAGUGUUUUUUUACCUUUAUUUUUACACCUCUGGUGUUUCACAGAAUAAUUUAGCAAUUACAUAUCAGAAGAGACAUUUACAAAGGUAAAACCACGAGACACUCAGGAAAUUGAAAAAGGAAUGUAAGGCCAACAUAGCUUAAUAGAAACUAUAUCUGAGUUAGAGAUUUGUUUUACAGUUCUGUUAUAUUGAAAUGUGCCAUUUGUCGAUUUUCUACACUUCCCAGUUUAGAGCAUAAACACAUCAGGCAAAAACUGUUAAUAGUGAGGUAUAGGUUUAAUGACAAACACAUCAGCGUUGAUUUUUAAUUAUAUAGUAAUGAAUGGUAUUUACAGAAAAUAGAUUUAAAAUGUAUUACAUUUGGUCCCUCCCAUACCAGUUAUCUCAGUGAAUAUAGCUAUUGAAGGACUGGAAAAAGAUAAAUUGUGAACGUAAGAGAUAAUCUCUAUCUCUCAAUUUUAAGGCAAUAUCAGCUGCGCUAUUUUGUUGGAACGUAUUAUUACACAAUCUCUGAAUCUAUUCCUUUCAAUGUUUAAGCCUCAAAACUCAUCUCUAAAAAUGCUUAAUAAUCAUGCAACAAGUCAAAGUCUAAGAUAGCCACAUCUAGCGAACAAAUAGUUAUAUAGGGAUAAUGUUUUCUGAACAAUCACCCAUAAAUUAUCUGCAAAUUGGUAGGGGUGAAGCUAAAAAGUUAAAGGGACACCAUAGUCACCUGAACAACUUUAGCUUAAUGAAGCAGUUUUGGUGUAUAGAACAUGCCCCUGCAGCCUCACUGCUCAAUCCUCUGCCAUUUAGGAGUUAAAUCCCUUUGUUUAUGAACCCUAGUCACACCUCCCUGCAUGUGACUUGCACAGCCUUCCAUAAACACUUCCUGUAAAGAGUGCCCUAUUUAGGCUUUUUUUUAUUGCAAGUUCUGUUUAAUUAAGAUUUUCUUAUCCCCUGCUAUGUUAAUAGCUUGCAAGACCCUGCAAGAGCCUCCUGUAUGUGAUUAAAGUUCAAAUUAGAGAUUGAGAUACAAUUAUUUAAGGUAAAUUACAUCUGUUUGAAAGUGAAACCAUUUUUUUUUCAUGCAGGCUCUGUCAAUCAUAGCCAGGGGAGGUGUGGCUAGGGCUGCAUAAACAGAAACAAAGUGAUUUAACUCCUAAAUGACAGGGAAUUGAGCAGUGAAAUUGCAGGGGAAUGAUCUAUACACUGAAACUGCUUUAUUUAGCUAAAGUAAUUUAGGUGACUAUAGUGUUCCUUUAAUUUAUAGCUACUGUCUUCAACACCAACUUGUAUAGUAAUUGAUAACACCCUUAAAGGUCAAUAGCAUCCACAGGUGAUAUUUGCCACCAAAAUGAAAAACAUUUAAUAUAUUCAUAGCCUUGUUAUUUUAUAAUUUCAUCAAAAGAACAAGGAUAAUUUUACUAGUUUUAAUUCUCAAAUACUGAAUUUUGGUAACAAAGACAGUUUAACUACAACAGUGUAAGCACAACAUCAAGUAUGCUAUUAAUUGCAAUUUAAUGAACUCAGUGAAGAGUAGCGAAUGCAGCAAUUAAAACAGAGAGUUCAAAUAAAGAAAGUCACCCCAAUUAAAUUUUUGGUUCUGUGUUAGUAAGAAAUUAAUCAUUGCUCAUAAAUGUAACCAUAUUGCAUAUGAAUAAAAGUUGGACUUCUAUCUGGAUAUAAAAGACUGAUCACAGAUUGAUACUGUACAUUUAUUGACUGUAGCCUGUGGUAUAGCUAGAUUUUCUUUGUCAAUAUGUUGUUCAAUACUCUUAUUUGAGAUUCAAUACAAUUUCUAGCGCAAUAUUAUGUGUUUAUGAACAUACUUUUUCGGGCACAUAAAUGUACACUCUCAUAUAUGCAUAUAUUUAUCAUAGGAACAUGACCAAAUGAAAUCUACAGACCGUAUUUGCCGACAACUUCUAUACCAUCUUACACCACACUCCAAGUGGCAUCGGCAUAGCCUCCAUCGCAGGAAGAGCCUAGCAUGGUAUGAAGGGCAAUAAAGGGUGUAUAAGAAAUGUGCAUUCCUUAUUAUUAUUAGUAGUAUUUAUAAAGAGUCAACACAAUCUGCAGCGCUGUACAAUGUGUGGAAUAACAGAUAGGUAUUUGUAACCAGAUGAGUUGGACGCACAGGAACAGAGGGGUUCAGAGCCCUGUUCACAUGAGCUUACAUUCUAGAGGGAGUGGGGUGUAGUGCCGGAAAAGGUAAUGGUAGGGUAGAAACGUAGGUUGCUAGAAUAGUUUUCAAUGAGGGCUUAGUGUUUUUUUUUGUUUUGUUUUUUGGAUGACUGUUGCAGGAGAGGAAGCAAAGUUCGGGAAGGGAAAGCUUUUAUGUAAAAUAUCCAUUUUUGUAGCUAUUUGACUCACUGUGCAUACUAACAUAUGAAAAGAUAAAUAAACAUACAAUUUUAAAUGGUUAAUAAUAUUAUAUACCAGUGCUGCUGGAUUCUGGCAUCAUAGUCAGGGCUUUAGAGUGGAUGUAGAAUUAAAACCAACGUGUAUUUCAAUAUAUUUCUGUAAUGGUGGAUAUGUGCAAACUGAGAGAACAGUUUCUUGGAGUAGCAAAAGCAUUUCUAAGUAUAUGAUCAUAACAAUUAAAAGGUUAAUUAUCAAUAACAUGAGUCAAGUAUUUAGGCACUAUUUCCUAAGUAAUGACUUUUAUUAUUGAGAUUAUCUAAAAUCAUGUUUGGAAUGCCAAUAGCUAUAUGAGCUCAAAGUCAUAAAGAUAACAGUUGAAAAGAAUGAUAAUAAUUCUUCAGCUAUAAACUAGUUUCAAAAUGCACACCUUACAGGCAGAAAAUGUUGAUGACAUUUGUUGCAUUUAGUUUACAAACAUUUUUCUUGUUCCUUAUUAAGUUUUCCUAAACUAAAAUGUUUUGUUCUCAUUUGAGCAGCCUGAAGAACAGCCUGCUGCAGAAGCAAAAUUCUGAAACUCUGGAUCUGUCUGGUAUCCCAUUGUCCCCCCGUGAUGUACAGCGUGUUUCCCUCUACUUGCAGAAUCAAGGAGACAGUCUCACCAGUGUGGACCUGAGUUUCACUGAACUCACAGAUGGUACUCUGGAGCUGGUCUUGCCCACUCUUGCAACUCUCACCAACCUCACACACCUGGCACUCAAUGGGAAUCGCCUUUCUUGUUGCACCCUGAAGGAACUCAGUGAAGCCAUGAAGGACAGUGCCAACUUUCCUUCGCUGAGCUGGGUGGACUUGGGCAAUAAUGUAGAUAUCUGCUCCAUGCCACAGCCACUGCUCCUGGGGUUGAGGAGACGCUUGUGCCAGCAGAAUCUUCUUCCUACCAUCCCUGAAGCUCAGGAUGGUGAUAUGUCAGAGGGAGGGUUUCCUAUCCCUUUUCAACAGCUGCCCUGGGACAGGUGAAAUCCCUGGCUGUAGCAUUCAUGGUGAUUGUAACUUAAUCAACUUAAAAAGUACUUUUCCUCCUCACACCUGUUGAAACCACCUUAAAUAAAGCAGAAAGUGAGUCUCACACUUGCUCUACCACAGUCCUGCCUUCAUCCACCAAGGGAAUUUGCAAAACACAGGUGCCCCAUGGAAUCAUUCAACUGUACAGCCUGGGUGAAGAACCCAAUGGCAGGCAAGGAGGAGAACAUGAGAGAUCGGUUCCUGCUUCAUCACCGCCUGUUCUAAUCUCUGAACAAAAGGGACCAGGAAUCACAGACGGGCAGAGCCAGACCUGCUGUGUCAGGAAUAUUAGGAAAAGGGGUGGGUACACAAGAAACAAGGGAGGGGGCAUCAGCUAUCCUAAUGUGGCAUGAUUGUUGAGCAAAGGCAAAGGGAUGUCUGGAACGACCUAAGAAUAAACUUGCUCAGUACACUGGUUAACAGUAUAGAGUAUAAACUCAAAUAAUGGACUGAUGUCUGCAGAGACAGAUACACCAUGGACUUUAAGUAAAUUGCAGUGCCUACAGGUAUCCCACUUCCAAUCACACAAAGGAUUAUUUACACAAACGAUUUAUGGGUGCCACAGAUUUAACAUCUCACCAAUCUGUAACCUCUGUACUUAGAGCAGAAGACUGGCCAUUCUUACAAUUUGCCAUUUGUGACUUUCCAGUGUAAAAGGGGUUUUUCUAAUAUUGUACAACCUUCAAAUAUGCAUUAAAUUAGUUGUUUAACUUGUUUGUAUGAAACAAAAUAUUGUACAAUUAUUACUCUGUCUCUUGAUGAGUCUGACAAACAAUUCCAGCUUUGUAACAGGGCUACGCAGGAGACUGCUAUGUAAACUGCCAGUCCGUCAGCUGUUGUGAGUGACAGACAGAACCUUAGCAACUUGGCCGGUUAUCAAAAUCCAUUUAAGACAAACAAAGCUGACCUAUUCACAGUUACAAUGGUGAGCAUUACGGCUCUGAAGGUUUCAGAAAUCUGGAGAUGAAUAGAAAACUAUUUCAGUUGCUUAGUGGGGCUGUGACUCACUUCAUUGAGGCAGAUGUGAGUUAUAUAACAAAAUGUAGGACUUGUUUUGUGCUCAUUUACUCUUACUGACAAAUCUUGGAGUUAUAUGGUUAAAUUCAGUUAGGGUCCCUUUAAAGGAAUUCAGAGCAAUGCAGUUUUUAUUUGGCAGUGGCAAACAUAAAUCUAGAUUGCCAUGUAAUAAUAAUUUGGAACUAGGAGAUGUACUGUUAGAAUGGCAUCAUUACUAUUAAACAUUGCAGUUUAAGUGGCAACAGAAAUACAAUACAAAUCCAGAGUAUGCAAAAAAAAAUCAUGCCAAGGUAGAGAAACAGUUAUACAUACGUCUGUGAGAAAGUGCAUUUUGUAACACUUACAUAAUAUGUGAACAUUCCAUUUGUCAGGAUUUUGUCAGAAUUGUGUGCCUGUGUGAAACGGUAUAAUAGUUUUCUCACAGAGUAAUCCAAUAAGAGCCAUUAGCAGACCAAGCUGCCAAAAUAUAAAUUAAAUCGUGAUGGAUAAUCUUGGCAAGCCAGAUGUUCUUUCUCACUCUUUUGUGCUACUGAACUUCCUGUACAGUUUGAUUAGAAGAGAAUCGUACGCAUCUAAUGUGUCAAUAGAUUAAUCACUGCAGAAAUGAAUGUAAGCAAAUUGUGUUUUGUAAUGAACUGGGCAAAACAAGAAUAAACAUUUUUUUCCCAUAAUCUCCAUUUCAUAAUAUAUAUGUUUAAUCCACAGGAUUUUUAACGUGGAAAUAUUACGGCUCUACCAUCUAAAUUUCAAAAUGAAUGAUAUUUGCUAGGAAAUGUACAGCACACAUUACUAGGA